GUAAAACAGCCACCUAGAUCUCAAAUAUGAUCGUCUUUUUGAUGCAGAUAUUUUUUUUCAUAUCGUAUUGCAUAAAUUAGGAUUAAAAUAUUUACCCAGUUAUCAAUUGUGUUUUAUCCCAGGCGCUUCUAAAGACACCGCCGUCCUUUUUGCAGCACGUCACGUUGCUGGAAAUGUAACAAAUGUGAAAUAAUAUUAUUAUCAUAUUAGUAUUAUUGAUCGUCAGUACACUGAUACUGUUUUAUCUUACUCCGACGCACGUACGACGGGAGAAUGUCUAAACGCGUUCUCUAAAAGGGUUCGUGUCAAAACGACAAUUUUAGCUCAGCAGCUAGCUUAAAACGGGAAGUAAACAGAACCCGAACUUCGCCGGUUUAAAGUCAGUUUGAAGUCGACAGCGUCGCGUGCAAGUUGUCGGCAAAUUAUGGCCGGCCAUGGACACUCGAAUCGAGUGCAUAUUCUUUAGCGAGUUUCACCCGACUUUGGGACCCAAAAUAACAUAUCAGGUCCCGGAAGAGUACAUUUCACGGGAACUCUUUGACACGGUUCAGGUUUACAUCAUCACCAAACAGGAGCUGCAGAACAAAUUAAUAACAGUCACCGCAAUGGGAAAAAAGCUAAUCGGAUGUCCGGUCUGCAUUGAGCACAAGAAGUACAGCCGCAACGCUCUCCUGUUUAAUUUGGGCUUUGUUUGUGACGCGCAAACCAACACGUGUGCCCUGGAGCCGAUUGUGAAGAAGCUCUCCGGAUACCUUACCACACUGGAGCUGGAGAGUGGAUUCAUAUCCACCGAGGAAAGCAAGCAGAAACUCCUGCCCAUCAUGUCAACCUUGUUGGAAGCGCUCAACGCCACGGGGGCCUGCACCUUGCCCAUAGACGAAUCCAACACCAUCCACUUGAAGCUGAUCCCGCUGCGGAAGGAUCCCCCGGUGGUCCAGGAGUACGACGUUCCUGUCUUUGUUCAGUGCAAAGACCACUUUAUGAAGUCUCAGUGGGAUCUCACCACGCAGCAGAUUCUGCCUUACAUCGACGGCUUCCGACACGUGCAAAAAAUCUCUGCCGAAGCCGACGUCGAGUUGAAUAUAGUUCGUAUUGCUGUGCAGAAUCUUCUGUAUUAUGAUAUCGUGACCUUGGUCUCCAUAUUCCAGUACUCCAAUGUGUACUGUACCACCCCCAAAGUGCAGAGCCUGAUCGAUGACAAACUUAUCCAGGAGGAGUGUCUCAACUACGUCACCAAGCAAGGUCAGAAGCGUCCGAGCGUCCGAGACGUGUUCCAGCUCUACUGCGGUCUCAGUCCCGGAACCACCGUCCGCGACCUUUGUUCGCGCUACUCGCAGCAGCUGCAGAGGGUUGACGAGAGAAGGCUGAUUCAGUUCGGCCUCAUGAAGUCUCUCAUUCGACGGCUCCAGAAGUACCCGGUCAGGAUGACGCGCGACGAGAAGAGCAGGCCCCAUCGCCUCUACACGGGCUGCCACAGCUAUGAUGAGAUCUGCUGCAAGACGGGAGUCACCUACAAGGACCUGGAUGAACGUUUGGAAAAUGACCCCAACAUCGUCGUGUGCUGGAAGUGA